CGAAGACGACUUUAUCUUUUUCUCUGAUUUUAAUUGUUCUCUUUGACUUUAUGAGUUCUCUUGUUUUAGAUUUAGUCUCAUACGGAUCUGCUUAAAAAUCUUUGUGAUCUUUCUUAAUCUCUCUGGAGGGUUCGAGUUGUUGAACCAGACCCAGAUUAUGUUCUACUUUUUUUACUUAACUUCUUGAUUUGGUCGGAGAAAGCUUAAUGUUAGUCAGUGGAAUCUCUCAUCUCAGUCUGAAACUCUCUUAGAAAUAGACAUUUCUGGUUGUAAAGAAAGAGUUAUGUCGUUUAGGAGCAUUGUUCAAGAUUUGAGAGAUGGGAUUGGGAGCUUGUCGAGGAGAAGUUUCGACUUCAGGCUUCAUCACAAAGGGAAAUCUCAGGGAUCUGAGUAUCCAUCUUCACGUGACCUCUUGUCACCUUUGAUAGUUCAGACGAGUAGAUGGGCUAAUCUCCCUCCUGAGCUGCUCUUAGAUGUGAUCAAAAGAUUAGAGGAGAGUGAGAGUACUUGGCCUGCAAGAAAACAUGUUGUGGCUUGUGCUUCUGUUUGUCGGUCUUGGAGAGCUAUGUGCCAAGAGAUUGUCCUGUCUCCUGAAAUCUGUGGGAAACUCACUUUUCCAGUUUCCCUCAAACAGCCAGGACCACGUGACGCGAUGAUUCAGUGUUUCAUCAAGAGGGAUAAAUCAAAGCUAACGUUUCAUCUUUUUCUUUGUUUAAGUCCUGCUCUACUUGUGGAGAAUGGGAAGUUUCUUCUUUCAGCUAAAAGAACUCGUAGAACUACUAGGACCGAGUAUAUUAUCUCCAUGGAUGCUGAUAACAUCUCAAGAUCUAGUAACUCUUACCUCGGAAAGCUCAGAUCAAACUUUCUUGGAACUAAGUUCUUAGUAUACGACACACAACCACCACAAAACACUUCUUCAAGCGCACUCAUCACUGACCAAACAAACCGAAGUAGAUUCCACUCAAGAAGAGUCUCUCCAAAACUCCCAUCAGGAAGCUACAACAUUGCUCAAAUCACCUACGAGCUCAACGUGUUAGGCACACGCGGGCCACGUAGAAUGCACUGCAUCAUGAACUCCAUCCCAACUUCCUCUCUCGAACCAGGCGGCUCUGUCCCUAACCAACCAGAGAAGCUCCUCCCACCGCCGCCACGCUCUCUUGACGAGUCAUUCCGCAGCAACAUCUCCUUCUCCAAAUCCUCACUAGACCACCGUUCCCUAGACUUCAGCAGUGCUAGAUUCUCCGAUAUUGGAGUAUCAUGCGAGGUAGACAAAGAAGAAGAGACGAGUUUCAAACCGUUGGUUUUGAAGAACAAGCAGCCUAGGUGGCACGAGCAGCUGCAGUGCUGGUGUUUGAACUUCCGUGGACGUGUUACCGUUGCGUCUGUUAAGAAUUUUCAGCUUGUGGCUGUGAGACAGCAGCCUCAGACGCAGGGGACAGGAGCACAGGGGAGUCAUGCAGAGCAAGAGAAAGUGAUACUACAGUUUGGUAAAGUGGGGAAAGAUAUGUUCACGAUGGAUUAUAGGUAUCCGUUGUCUGCGUUUCAAGCGUUUGCGAUUUGCUUAAGCAGCUUUGACACUAAGCUUGCUUGUGAAUAA